UAGGUUUAAAUUAUUCAUUCAUUCCUUUAUGGAGAUUAUAAAUACAGAUUUUGCAAAAAUUGAAGUAGAUUUUGAUAUAUUUGAACCGACGCCUACAGAUUUUGAUGGAAUUUUAAACAAUGUCAGACAAGUAUUGCCUCAUAAUCUGAGCUCAGAUGAUUUAGCAGAUUUGAUAACAAAUUAUGGCAAAUUUACUUUGUUAAUCAAGCAAGCACAAGAAGUUGAAAAAGAUAAUGAAAAUGAUGAUGCCUUUAUUUUUGGCUUGGUUGCAUUCUUAAAUUUAAAUCAGAAUUAUGUUACACUUGAGAAUAAAGGUUCUAUAUUAGAGUCAAUGAAGAAGUUUUUGAUUGAUUUUGAAAAUCAUCAUAAAAAUUCCAUUAAAGGCAACAAGAUAUUAUUUUCAGAUAUAUUUUCCUCUGAUAAUAUAUCUGCACCCAAAUAUAACAUAGGAUUCUUGCUUGAUGAAAGAAUUUGUGAUAUACCACCUCAAAUUUCACCCCAGAUAUUUGAAAAUAUUUUGUCUGAACUAAAUGAAAAUCCAAAAACCUAUAGUAUUGAUGGGAGAUUAUGUGAUUAUGUAUUGUGUCUUACCAGGGUAGUACAAAUUUCUUCUGACUUGGGUGAAGUAGAAAAUGAUAAUAAUUAUAACAAUGACAUUAAAACAACUAAGACUAAAAAACACAAAAAACUUAAAAGAAUGGUACAAAGAAUGAAAAAAUCAACAGAAAUUGCCUGGAUGUGCCCUGAAAUGGAAAUUCUAUUUGAAGAAAGCUUGAUUCAUUUGGACAUACCUGUUACCAUAAAGUCUGGCACCUUACCAACAGAUAACUUAGUAGAUGCUAAACUCCUACAAAAUGACAAUGACAUAAUGAAUAUUGCAAGAUUUUUUGUUCUUCCAUUUAUUAAAUUUGAAAAGUGUAUUUCCCAUAUAUCUGAAAUAUAUGGAGGAAAUAUUAAUCCAUGAUUAAAUUAAAAAAUAUAUAUGCCUCAUGUGACCCUGCCCUAAAUUUAUAUCCAUUUUCGGGGUCUCCUAAGAACCUGUUAACAAGAAUUAUUUAUAAAUCUAUAAAUAUACAAAAGAUAUUUAAAAAUAAAAUAAAGAA